GCGCGGUGACUCAGCAUUGCGCUGCUGGUGGGGGCAGUUCUGCUGGGGCGGUUAGGGAAGCAGCCCACGGGGAUGUCGCUGCGUGCCACGCGGGAUUCGGGCUGAGCAAUGUCCUGAGCCGAUGGCACGCUGCCCCCUGGCCCUGCUGCUGGGCCAGCCCCACGCAGCCCACCUGCAGCCCACGGCUCCGUUGCCAGACCUGCUGCCCAGCUCUGCAGAUGAACCCCCACACGCACCUGAGGUCCAAGCCCCGCUGAGCAUCAUCCCGCUUCCUUGGAGCUCUUGCUGUGCCAUGGCUUUAAAGGUGGGCAUUGCUGGGCUCGGCAUGUUGUGCAGCUCUGGGCACCCAACUCAGCAUCAGGAGUGCAGCGUGCAGGGCUGCUCCCUCAGUUUGGAGCAGGGUGCUCACUGUGCUCCUUUGGGUACUGCUGGGCAGACCUUUGGCACCCUCUUGCUCUCUGCCUUUUCCUUCUGGCCAGCUGGCCUCAGGAUUUUGUCUGGUUCUGAGCUUCUCCUCCCUAGUUGCAGUGCCCAUUUCCAGCCAGGGAUCUCUGUACCAGGACUCCGCUGAGCACUCACCACAAUGAAAUCCCUGAGCUGUGGAGUCUGGGGCUGCGCUGGGACCAGAAAUGGGCACCGUGCUUCACACUGCUGCUUUCACAUGAACAGAGCCUAUGCAUUUUCAGCUUUGUCCCCCUGCUGCUGCUGUCCCUUCGAGUGCCACUCUUUGAUCACCACCCCCAUGUGGAAUGGGGCUGCUGCUGUCCCACAUCUUCACGGUGCAAAACAGGGAUUCCCUUUGAUCUUCCCUGUCCUCCAUGUCAUUUUUUGCCUGGUUUCCCACUGGCACUUUUGGAUGCAGACAGCAAGAACCGAUGUGUUCUGCCUGAACUCACAGAGCAAAGGAAAUUGCAGGAAGUGAGUGAGUGUGAGCCAUUUUCUGUUAUUAAUUCCUGUGGCAUCCCUGUGCUGACCCAGCCACGCGGCGUUAUUACACUGCUAUUUGGCAAGUUAAGCAACAGCUCUAUUUAAAAACAAUCACAAAUGCUAUCAGGGAUCCUUCCUGCUGAAUAAAAGUGUGUUGGUGCCAAGGUGCCCGUUGCUUCCCAGUGUCAUACAUCCAUCAUUUCCAAACCUUGAUGCUACAGAUGUAGUGCAAGUUGUAGCACCAAUGGUGCAACCACACAGAUACACACGGUUAUGCCAUAAGAUAACCUGACCUUACAUUUCUUCCCCGUCAGCCCCAUCACCCCACAACAGCUCGAUCCAGUCACACACUCAGCACUUUAUUGCACAUCUGGAUUAACAGUGUGUUCAGCGAUCUGCUCCAACAGGGUUGUUGCUCAUCCAACAGGACAAGUGCCAACAGCCCCGGCGCUGCACACUGCCCCAGCACUGAGCUCCCGGCACACGCUGUGCUCCAUCGUGUCCCCACAGCCACCUGCAUACCUGCCCUGCUGAUGAUUCAUGUCCUGUCUAUUUGUUGCCUGCCACUCUUCUUACGGAAUUUGUUUGUCUGGGCUUUGUACACAUCAACAGCUCAUUCCAAAAUGCAGCCAGCUCCUUGCAAUGACCAGGUUGUGUACAGGUGAAUCACUCAGCACGCUGAUAAUGCACCCAAAAAUGAGCUCACUUCCAGCUUUGCAGAGAGCAGCUGUGUUCAGCUGGGCCCUACCAGGUACCUGGUUGUCUCUUUCCUUCUGCGCAGCCUUGAGCAGCAGUGGGGUCAGGAUAGGACCCCAACUGCACCCAGCUGAAGUGGCGCUGCGGCAAUGGCACAGGGUGAGCCCCAUGCAGUGCAGGGUCAGGGCUGGGCUCCCACAGACGGGUGCUUGCCCAGGGUGAGCCAACACAGCUCUGAAGAAGGAAUGCUGUUGGAACAUUGGCCAAGGAGGCGGUGGAAUUCUUGCUGUGAGCUGCUAUUUCUGCCCUGGUUGCUCUUUGCAGCAGCAGCAGUGCGUGGGCUGGGGGCCAUCAGGCCCUGACCAUUUGUGCACUGUUUGAAUGCAUCUGCAGGGGGGUUGGAAGUGGUUCUUUGUGGGCUUCCAACCCUGUACACAACCCCCAACAUGAGAAAUGAGGUGCUCAGAAUAUCUGCAAAGUUCCCAUAAUGUCCAUGGCUUGUCCCUGUGUUGCCAUGCACCCGGGGGCUGCAGGGACGCUGAACUCUGUACACACAGUCUCUGUGGGUUCCAAAAGCCCCACCAAGAUCCCAGGAGUGAUGAGCAUUAUCUUUAUGCUUGAAUCACACCGUUGGUGCUGCACAUCCACCACGCCUCCCAGUGCCCCCAUGCUUCCCAGUGCUCCAUGGCAGGAUGGGACAGAUGGACAUGAUGAAGGGAAACUGAGGCAAGGGGGUCUAACUGCCAUCACCUCCCUCCUGGCUGUGGUGACCAUGACCUCCCAACUCCCUGCUUGCAGACCGGGUGUGCUCAGCCAUCUGGGGCUCAAGAGCGGUGCUAUGGUUUUUCCAGCUCUUCUGCUGAGAGUCAGUGUAGCAGCCCUGGUGCCUGGACUGCUGUAUGGGAGGGAUGCACUGUGUCAUUGCAGCUGUGACUCUGCUGUCCCCAGCUUUGCUUUGUUUGGGUCCCCAGCAGGGUGUGGGCACAGCCCCAGAUCUGCUAUCAUGCCAGCCCAGCUUGGGCAGCUGGCACCUGCGCACACAGCACUGCAUUGCAUUUCCAGAUCACUUGGGGGUGAAGCUGCACCCGAGGCUUUUGCUUUACCUGUGGGAGCAGUGUGGGUGUGCAGCAGCCUGCCCGGCUCAGCGGCUAUAGGGGAGCAUGGGGCCCCAGGUGCCUGUGCCUUUGCUGUGGUUUGAGCAGGGCUGAGCACAGCGUGCAGCACGCAGAGCUGCAGCACAGGGCUCAGCACAGGAAAAGUGCAGUGAUGCGCAGAGCUGGGACAGGCCGGGGCCUGGGGAGCUGGGAAUUCCCCGGCAGCACAAAUGGGCAGUACCCGACUCCCACAGGAGGGGGCUUCCUCCUGCAUGGCAGUGAUGGCUGUGGGGUGCUCCAGUAACAAGGUGGUUUCCAGGGCUGAUGGGCAUCACCUGGCCUUGGUUUCCACUGCCUCCUUCCUCUUAUUGAUUUCUUCCAUCCUCUAGGUGCUUCCACAGGGUGCAGGGAACAGAGCCGUUACCCCAGGGCCAGCUCCAAGUGAAAGCUGGAAGAGAGAGCUGCAGUCUGGAAGGGGACUUGGCUGCUGGGGGAGCCACCAAGAGCAGCGCUGUGCACAGACUUGCACCAUUGAGGUGGGGACGGAGCGCUGCCAUCAGGCACAGACGGGGACAUGGAUCGCGGUGUUACCCUGAAGAACCCCUACGCCAGCGUGAACAUCCCACGGUCCCAGUUCCAGCAGAGCUUCAUCACUCGCUACCUGGAGGAUGAACCUGCAUCACCCACCGUCAUUGCCAACCCCACCGUCGUGCCUGUGCACAGCACAGAGGAGCAGGCGGGCAGCUGGGACAAGCAGCCCGUUUCCACAGAGAAGUCCUGGUCCCGGCCUCUCAAUCCCUAUGCCAGCAUGAAGAUGCCCAACGGGGAAUCACCCAACUCCUUCUACACUGUCACCCUGGACAAGCCACCCAAGGGCCAAGGGCAUGAAGAUGGCAGGAGGAGCGGCUGCCGCAGGUGCUUCCCCUGCUGCAGAAAGUGCUGCUGUGUCAUCUCCUAAGGGGACAGGUGGGAUGUGCAGGGAUGUGGCCACCUGGUCUGGGCACCCCGAUUCGCUGCCCCAUCGCCUGCUCUGGCUGCUGGGAGGUGAUUUUGUCUGGUUGUCACCCGUGAGCUGUGCAGCCAGAUGCACCAGUGAUGGACACCUGCAGCAUCCUGAGAGCUCAGAAUGGAGCGUGGGGGAGAAGGAUGGAUCUGCUGACCCAACGGAAGCCAAGGAACCCUGGGGACAAUGUGUGCCAAUGUAGAUGCCACUGAGAAAGUGCUCACAAUGGGGAUGGUGCUGAGCUGAGCUUCCCACUGUGCCCUGUCUGGGGAACCAGUGCGGAGUGGUCAGGAAUGCAUCCCUGCCUGGGCUGGGGAUGCCCUGCCCUCUCCCAGCAGUGUCCCCAUGCAAUGUCCCGGAGUGCUGCAGUGAUGAGCUCAGGAGGUACCACCACUCCUUGCCACACCGCUCGCCUGACAGAGGGAAAGAGGCAGGAGAGACAGACAGACAAAGCAGAGCCGAGUGCUGGCAGCACUCUGGAGCAGUGUUGGCACAGUGCAGGUAUUGGGGUGCCAGGACCCUUUGCUGUGCCAUACGAAGCUGCCAGUGCACCAUCCCCAGCCCUCUGCCACUGCUGAGCACUGCGAGCAGUGGGAGCAGGGCCCACUGCCCUCCUUACAGCACGCCAGGGCAGCUCAGCAUUCAGGUCUGGACUGGGGAACAAACCAGCCCUUGUCCUGGGGCAGCUGCGUAAGCACUUGUGGCGGCUGCGGGGAUGGGGCAGGGGCCUGGAAAGAGCGCGGGUGUGAGCGGAUGACUUCAGUGCGCCACAAAUAAAUGACAGCCACCU